AUGACGAACAAGCACUGCCCCCGCAGCCAUCGCGGCUACUAUCGCGAGGAUGACGACCUGAGCGUCCAUGAUGGUGCCGUCCAGAACAACAAGGACUGGAGCACUUAUCGCAAGACUGACACGUUCAUUGUCAUCUGCGCUGCAAUUGUCCUUGCGUCCAUCAUUGGCGGUGGCAUUGCUAUUGGCGUUCAUUUCGCGACUGGAGGCUCGGCUACCGGUAGCGCUGGCCAUGAUUCGGGCACUCACAUUGUCCCUCGUUUCCCUGCCAUGCAGUACAACGCUGCUCACAUCAACAGCACUCACCACGGCAUCAAUUCCACUCUUUCUGACAUCUUGCCCACUGGUACCCUGACUCUCUGCUCUGAUGACGCUGAGGAGACUGUCACCGGCUUUAUGAACCAGACUACCGCCGACACUACCACGACCAUUAAGAUGACUCGCACUCGGACUCUUCACCAGUCUGCCAAGGGCACCACCGUCUCAUCUGCCAAGGCCGUCAAUGCGACCCUGUCUGGCCCAUCCGCUGUCUCUGAGUCUGUCCCCAUUGUCACUCAGUUCAUCACUACCUCUGUGACUAAGACUGCGUACUUGACCGCCACUGCCACUGAGAGCCACGUCGACUCUGAGCCCAUUGUCAGCAUGUCUUCCACGGGCGUUUCCACCAGCGAGGCUACCCCUUCGGUAGAGCCCUCUUCUGCUGAUAUCGCCUCGGUCAUCCUUACCAAGACCCUGACUGAAAUCCAUGUGGUCACGUCGGCUGUCCAGGAGGUCACCUCGACCUUCACUUACACACCCACGACCAUCAUUCUGUCCACCGUCACGGUUGACUUCCAGCCCAGUUUCACUCCUUCCCUCGAGGCCCAGUGCUCGCCUGAGGUUCAGGACCACACCGUGUACGUGACCGUCACCGAGGCAGCCAUUGUCAGCUCGUCUUCCUCGGCCCUUGUUUCUUCCAAGAUCUCAAAGACGACCUCUUCGGCUCCUGAUUCCGAAACCACUGACACCAUCUUGAUCACCUACACGGUCACUGUCGAUAGCCUGACGCCCAUCUCCGAGAUGCCCAUCGUCAGCUCGUCCUAUGACGUUCCCAAGCAUUCGACCAAGACUUCCUCGCGCUCCAAGGCGACCCAGGUCGUGACAGAGGUAGCGACGCAGACCGUCUACGUCUCCGUGGCUGAUGGAACCACUCUGACCUUCAGCACUGCAGUGUCUUCUGCCAUAGGCCACGUCGGCACUCCUGCCCUGACCUCCACCGAGACCUCCCAGGCCUCGACCGCCACGGACGUCGUCGUCAUCACCAAGACAGUCACCGACCAGGUGUUUGAGACCGUCAGCGCCUCCCCCGCGUCCUCGGGCGGUGUCGAGACUCACAUCAUGACCGACACCCAAACUUCCGUCGUUACAAUCACCGCCAGCGACCACGUCCAGACGUCCCUGGUCACUGUGAACAAGAACCUGACCGCCACAGUCACGCAGAGCAAUACCAAGAACAGCACUGCUAGUAUCUUUACGGAUGUUUUCCGUCUGCCCCCGGCCAGCACGACCAUCUACAUCACGGGCACCCCAAUGCUGCACCCGCGUCCUACCACGGACGUCUUCCCCCCCUACCCCAUCACCAACGGCACCGUCUUCCGCCCGACCGCGCCCCCGGCCCUGUCCUUUGGCAGCAGCGCCAACGGCAGCGGCUCCCGUCCACCCGCCAGCACCACGGUGGUCGUCGUCUCCAACGCGGAGAAGCGCGCCGAGCCCGUCAUGUUCAGCCUCGAUGCCGCCACCGGCGGCUGCAAGAGUUGCACCACGUGCCUGGUCAUCUUCGUCCUGGGCCUGCUGGUUCUGUUCUAA